AUGGGAUUUCUUUCGAUUCUCCCCGCGAGCUUCGUUGUGGUAGAGACAUGGAUCACGAGAUUAUCGCUCUUCCUGGGCCUGGUGCUCAUCGGUCCAUGGCUCGCCCUGGUUGUAUACGACUUGUUCCUUUACAUCUUCCGCGCCAUCACGUACGAGAUCCCGGUUAUCGGCGGACGAGCUCGAGGGAAGGCACGACCGCGUGCUCCAACUCUCACGGAACGGCCUGACGGUCAUCGGCGCAGAUUCAGUCUCGCUCGGCGUCCCGAAGAACCAGCGCACAGCACCGGCGGCUCGCAAUCGGAAGGCUCGGAUGCUCGGCUAAGGCAUAUAACCGAGAAGGAUGGUGAUUCUUCCUCCACAUGA